GUGAACAAUGUCGACUCCAUACCUCAUCUCGAGAGCCAUAGACCCGAUCUUUGCUGUGACGGUGGGCAUCACUGCGGCAGCUGUCCGAAUCAAUCGCGAGGAGAAAGAGAAGGGCAGGAGUACGGAGGAGACGAUCGAUGCGUUGAAGCGGAGGACAGCUAUGGUGUUUGGUGGCGAUAAGAGUGCGAAGGAGACGGAGAAGAUUGCAUGAGGAUAUUGAAACUGGUGCAAUGAGGUGCGCCAGCCAGAAAGGCCUGCAUCCGGAGAACGACAUCUAUCCAGCGCUCAGCCUUGAGUGUUAGGCGAGCGGCUUUGCGCCGGAUUCGACUUCCUGUGCUUUAAUUUGCGAGAAUCAACCAGUGCUGGGGAGGGCGGGAAAGCUCAAUCGCUCUCCAAGAGUGUAUUCGCAAUGGCUUCCGAAAAUCUUCACGACAUGCCUGGAACAAACAUGGCCACGCCUGAUAGUUCUUGAUUUCAAAAGCUCAUGCCUAGUAGCUUCUCUGAGGAAGACAGAAUCGCGAGGGCGUGCUAAGCAAAAAGAAAUGGAAGGAAUGAUGUUUGCCAUGGUUCAUCAGCAUUCACAGAAUAUGGGAUUUCAUACAUGACAUAUAGAGGCAAAUUUGACACCCAGAAACUCUUCCAG